GAGACUUUCCGACUCACUUGUUGGCAACCUCUUCCUUACCACAAUUCAUUUCAAAUGCUGCUGCAGGAAUUGUUAAAGAAUCCGCAUGAUAUCGGUUUUGCGGUGAACUAAACGCAAGAAUGAACGAAAGCAACAUCAACGCCUCUCUACUCAUUACUACUCAUGACAUCGUUUUUGCAACGUUGUACUCGUUUAUUGUGUUUUUUGGCGUCAUAACGAAUGGCAUGAUCGUAUCUAUUGUACGGAAAACGCGAACCAUGCACACAACAACAAACUACCUGUUGAUGAACUUGGCUGUAGCCGAUUUCCUAACGUUAUUAUUUUGUCCGGGUUUCUACGACUUUGCAUUACACAAUCUUCGAUUGGGCUCUGACAGAUUGGAUGACAUCUUUUGCAAGUUUAUUGCAGGAAAUGCAAUCGUUUGUGUCUCUUUCGAUGCCUCUGUGUUGACUCUGUGUACCAUUGCGGUGGAGCGCUACCUCGGUAUUGUUAAACCUUUUCACAAACGUUGGGUGAUGACGAAAAAGAAAGUGAACUUUAUUAUUGUGGUUAUUUGGGUGACAGCUGCUUUUUCAAGCCUUCCCGAUAUACUGUGGACGAAGGAAAAUAACGAAGACGUUCUGUCGCCAUGGCGGUAUCCAUGCACGCGUCCCUGGACAGUUACGCACCAGAAAUUGAACGUCAAAGCUUACAUCCUUGGUCAUUCUGUCGCUUUAAUCGUUCUGCCUUCAGUCUUGCUUUGUUUUUGCUAUAUUUCGAGUUCCGCAGCGCUCAAAUCAAGCGCAGGUAAACCGGAUGAAGAUCCCGCUAGCAAACGGAACAUGGAAAGACUCUUAAAGCUUCUUAUCUCGUUAGCUUUGGCAUUUUGCACACUCUGUCUGCCAUUUGCGGUUUUCUUUUUCUAUGUCACUGCACUCGCCCCAAACCAUUUAGAGCAAAGUUUUAAAACGUUGUAUCUGACACACAGAAUCGUUCGUUUUUUGACAUUUUCCAACUCAUUCGUAAACCCCCUUCUUUACGCUGCUCAAAGCAAAAACUACAGAGAAGUUCUGUUUCAGAAACUUUGCCCCAAAAACAACGCACGUAACACAGAAAACGAUGCUGCAGUCAGAGCCAGAGAGGAGAAACAUAGAAUAUAUUACGAAACAGCCGUGUGAAACAAUUGUAACAAUAAAGAAAGGUCAGUGACACAUUUGUCACGAGCGUGUUUCGUAGAAAACAUCUUUAUUCUUGCUUGACGAACAGAAAGAAAGACGGAGAAGGAAAACGGAAUCCGAAGGCGAUUCGAAACCUAUUCGCCGAACCGUUUCGACUUCAUAAUUAAAGGUUCUGGAAGAUGAAUAAACUGUAACUUAUAAACUGUAACCUGUUUAGGGUGUGUUGAGUCAUAGACUAAGCCCACAUGUGAAAAGGGACCUUCUUAUUCUUAAGAUCAACAAUCGGUCAAAGGCAUUCUAUGAGGAUAGUGAAGAAUAUGGUUCAUUUUGA